AUGACGAAGCAUUAUCCAGCUCAGUGACAGCGUUGAACGUCGGUGCGAGGUCGGCCACGUCAAUCUAAGCAUUGCCUACGUUUAUCCCGAUGGCGAUCCCGAUAUAUUUUGUCGCUCUGCUCGUUCUUCCCUUUGCUGCUGCUCUAGCCAGCACUGUCCCUUUCAAGGGCUGCCAGCAAAAAGUGAAAGAGAGUGUUCAUGGGCCACCUCGCGGGUGGUACAAGCAUGCUCCCGCACCAAAACAUCACUUGCUCGAGCUCAAGAUUGCUCUUUCUCAGCCCAAGUUCCCGGAACUCGAGCAGCACCUCUGGGAGAUAAGCGAUCCCAGCCACGCGCGCUAUGGGGCGUACUUAUCGAAGCAGGAGACUCAAGCACUCAUGGCUCCUCACCCUGAGACUCUAGACGUCGUCAGCGAAUGGCUUGCCUUACACGGUCUGGCGGAGGAAGAACUUGUCCGUUCAUCUGCACUUGAUUGGGUUACUAUUCGUGUUCCAGUCGGACUCGCAGAAGAGAUGCUGGAUACUACUUACCAUGUAUACAAACACGCCGAGACUGGAGAGAGCAUCAUCCGGACCACGAGCUACAGUCUCCCUGAGAUCUUGCAUGAUCACGUUGAUCUUAUCCAGCCUACGACCAUGUUCGCUCGUUUCAAGGCGUUCAGGAGUACGUUGCACUGGACUGAUCAGGCGCAGCCUGCGGCCCCAUGUCCUCCGGGGACAAUGAUCACGGGGCCUGCGGGCAAUCCCGUCGACGCGAGCUGCAACUCCACGAUCACCCUUUCUUGCUUGAGGCAGAUAUAUAAUGCAGAGAACUAUCAAACAACUGCUGCAAACGGCAACAAGCUUGGUCUCACCGGUUAUCUUAAUGAGUCCGUCAAUAAUGAGGACCUCCAGCAAUUCUACCAGGCCCAAAAUCCCUCUGCUUACUGUUCAAAUUACACUCUGGUUUCCAUUCAUGGCGGAGUGAACAACCAGAGCCAUCCAGGUCCGGAAGCCAACCUCGACUCUCAGUUUGGUUUCGGACUCGUAUGGCCCACACCCGGAACGUUCUACACGACCGGUGGUGAGCCUCCUUACAUCCCCGACCUGGUGUACCCGGAUGAUCAAAAUGAGCCAUACACAUAUUGGCUUGACUACCUGCUUUCACAGGAUGAUAUUCCUCAGACGAUCUCCACCAGUUACGGUGAUGAUGAACAAACCGUUCCGUACAACUAUGCGAUCCGUGUUUGCGCCGGUAUGGCAUCUCUCGGUGCUCGCGGGGUCUCUUUGUUGUUCUCCUCUGGUGAUGAUGGUGUUGGUGAUGGUAAUCCCGACCCUGCCAGUCAACAAUGUAAAUCCAACGACGGGCGCAACGUCACAACAUUCCUGCCCAUAUUCCCCGCUUCCUGCCCAUACGUGACUGCUGUUGGUGGUACUGUCAACAUCCCAGAGACUGCCGUGAACUUUUCUGGUGGUGGAUUCAGCAACUAUUUUCCUCGUCCUGCGUACCAGGAUGCUGCUGUGUCUACAUACUUGGAGACGCUCGCCCACGGGACCUUCGGUGGUCUCUAUGAUCCGACCGGACGUGCAUACCCUGACGUGGCCGCACAAGGAUUACACUUCUCUGUCAUUUAUAAAGGCAAGAAGAAUCUGAUCAGUGGUACAUCCUGUUCUUCGCCCACCUUUGCCGCAUUUGUAUCCAUGCUGAACGACGCACGCAUCAAUGCUGGAAAGACUUCUCUUGGCUUUUUGAAUCCAUUCUUAUAUUCCACUGGCUACGUUGCAUUAAACGACAUCACCAAGGGGAGCAACCCAGGAUGUGGAACUCUGGGAUUCAAUGCCACUCUUGGAUGGGAUCCUGUCACUGGAUACGGCACGCCCAACUUCGAGAAAUUGAAAGACUUGGUCUUGGCCAUGCCUUAAAAUAUAUACACACGAAGUCCGUUUUGUUAGACGGGAUCUAUGAUGGAUGCACGUGCAUCGCAUAUAUUCACUCCUUCAGGCCUUUAUAGUUUUAAAAGAACAAUUUUAUAUACAAGUGAGCAAAAACAUCUCCUUAGCGAUUCAAGGCAGUG